CUGCGUGCGGAGCGGCAGCCGCCGGCAGAGGAGACCUCAGCAUCCUCGGGAGCCCAGCGCCGGCCCUGCCUCCACGGGGCCCGCCGCAGCCGCCGCCCUUUCGGUUCGCGCUACCGUCUCACCUCAAGGACUCCCGGGGAGCGGACGACGAGCCACCGCGGAGUUCCACGACUGUCGUCUCCCGUCCGUCCUCCCUCCCUCCUUCCUCCUCCUCUUCCAACUCCUUCUCCUCCCACUUCCCAGCCGCCGCGGAAAGCCCCUAACCCAACUUGACUGACGCUGGCUGGCGGGGCAGCCGCGCACCGUGUCACCCGCACUUCAUCUCUCCGCCCUGCCCCGCUGCCCCGAAGGCAGAGCUGCAGCAGCGCGGCGCAGCGCUGCUCCGCGUCUUCUUUCUCCCCGCGCCACCUCCGCCUGCCUCGGGAGCGUCCCGCCGGCCGCCGGCCCGCCGCACUCUCCUGGAGCUGCGCCCUAGUGCCCCUGCUGGGCAGUGGCCUCCCCCCCCCCCCAGGUCCACCCCGUCCACCCCCCAUCCUCCCGCGCCCUGCCACUGCUGCUCUGGGUAGACGAUGCUGAAGAUGCUCUCGUUUAAGCUGCUGCUGCUAGCCGUGGCUCUGGGCUUCUUCGAGGGAGAUGCCAAGUUUGGGGAAAGGAGCGAAGGGAGCGGAGCGAGGAGGAGAAGGUGCCUGAACGGGAACCCCCCUAAGCGCCUGAAAAGGAGAGACAGGCGGGUGAUGUCCCAGCUGGAGCUGCUGAGUGGAGGAGAGAUCCUGUGUGGUGGCUUCUACCCCCGAGUGUCCUGCUGCCUGCAGAGUGACAGCCCUGGGUUGGGGCGUCUGGAGAACAAGAUCUUCUCUUCCACCAACAACACAGAAUGUGACAGACUGCUGGAAGAGAUCAAGUGCGCACCUUGCUCGCCACACUCACAGAGCCUGUUCUGCUCACCUGAGAGAGAGGUCCUGGAUGGAGAUCUAGUCCUUCCGCUGCUCUGCAAGGACUACUGCAAAGAGUUCUUUUACACCUGUCGGGGCCACAUUCCAGGUCUUCUUCAAACGACUGCCGAUGAGUUUUGUUUUUACUACACGAGAAAAGAUGGCGGGGCCUGCUUUCCAGAUUUCCCAAGAAAGCAAGUCAGAGGCCCAGCAUCUAACUACUUGGACCAGAUGGAAGAGUACGAGAAGGUGGAGGAGCUCAGCAGAAAGCACAAACACAGCUGCUUCUGUGUCCAGGAGGUCGUGAGCGGGCUGCGGCAGCCCGUGGGUGCUGUGCACAGUGGCGAUGGGUCCCAUCGCCUCUUCAUCCUAGAGAAGGAAGGCUAUGUGAAGAUCCUAACCCCAGAGGGAGACCUGCUCAAGGAGCCUUACUUGGACAUUCACAAACUUGUUCAGAGUGGAAUAAAGGGAGGAGAUGAAAGGGGUCUGCUAAGCCUUGCAUUCCAUCCCAAUUACAAGAAAAAUGGAAAGCUGUAUGUGUCUUAUACCACCAACCAAGAACGGUGGGCUAUCGGGCCUCACGACCACAUCCUGAGGGUUGUGGAGUACACAGUGUCCAGGAAAAAUCCCCAUCAAGCUGACGUGAGAACAGCCAGGGUGUUUCUGGAAGUGGCCGAGCUCCACCGCAAGCAUCUUGGAGGACAACUGCUCUUUGGUCCCGAUGGCUUUUUGUACAUCAUCCUAGGGGACGGUAUGAUCACACUGGAUGACAUGGAGGAGAUGGAUGGGUUAAGUGAUUUCACAGGCUCUGUGCUGAGGCUCGAUGUGGACACAGACACGUGCAAUGUGCCUUAUUCCAUACCGCGGAGCAACCCCCACUUCAACAGCACCAACCAGCCCCCAGAAGUGUUUGCCCAUGGGCUCCACGACCCAGGCAGAUGUGCUGUGGAUCGACAUCCUACAGAUAGAAACAUCAAUUUAACAAUACUUUGCUCAGAUUCCAAUGGGAAAAACAGAUCGUCGGCCAGAAUCCUACAGAUAAUGAAAGGGAAAGAUUAUGAAAGUGAGCCAUCGCUUUUAGAAUUCAAGCCAUUCAGUAACGGCCCUUUGGUUGGUGGAUUCAUUUACAGAGGCUGCCAGUCUGAAAGAUUGUACGGAAGCUACGUGUUUGGAGAUCGCAAUGGGAAUUUCUUAACUCUCCAGCGAAGUCCAGUGACCAAGCAAUGGCAAGAAAAGCCACUCUGUCUGGGCGCCAGCGGCUCCUGUCGAGGCUACUUUUCAGGUCACAUCUUGGGAUUUGGAGAAGACGAACUAGGAGAAGUUUACAUUUUGUCAAGCAGUAAGAGUAUGACUCAGACUCACAACGGAAAACUGUACAAAAUCAUAGACCCAAAAAGACCUUUAAUGCCUGAGGAAUGCAGAGUCACAGUUCAACCUGCACAAACCCUGACCUCGGAUUGCUCCCGGCUCUGUCGAAAUGGCUACUACACCCCCACGGGCAAGUGCUGCUGCAGUCCAGGCUGGGAGGGAGACUUCUGCAGAAUUGCCAAAUGCGAGCCGGCAUGUCGUCACGGAGGCGUCUGUGUCAGACCGAACAAGUGCCUCUGUAAGAAAGGCUACCUCGGUCCUCAGUGUGAGCACGUGGACAGAAGCAUGCGCAGAGCGGCCAGGGCAGGUAUUCUGGAUCACAUCAUUGACAUGACGUCUUACUUGCUGGACCUCACAAGCUACAUCGUAUAGUGUCUGGGACAGCCGAAUAGUACUUCCUGGUGGGCAUUUAUUUUGAUCUUGUCAUUAAAAAGAGACACUAUAUCCUCCUGCUACGAAUGCCCGUGAUCUCAUUUUCUUCUAGCCAUUUAAAAGCAAUUUCCAGAAGUGGGCAGACUGAAUUCAGUGUGUAUGUUGGCCUGUUCAUUCAGAUACACACGCCCCACACGCGCGCACUCACAGCCCCGAGACCCGAGGUCGUAUGGCAGGCGCUUUUGUUUUGUUUUGUUUUUAAUACCUACUGCCUGGUGUGGAGUACUUCACACAAAAGUUCCACUGAGAAUUAAAUUGCAGAAUUUUUAUGGCAUCAAAAGAUAUCCCUUUAGUUCCCGGAGAAUUUCUGCCUGUAAUUACUAAAGUUGAGCAUAGUAGGGUUUUGAAAUGUUGUGCAAUGUGGUAGAAAUAUUUUUAUAUUAAAGGUCUAUAAUGAGAGAGCAUGUUUCCAAACUCCUCGAUGGGUUUCUGAGCAAGCAGCUUGGUGUGAUAUUGUACUCUGCAUUCCUGUUGAUGUAUCUAAUUACAGAAUGUUGUGCACUCACCUUUUUAUUUGACAGAGCAAUCUGGUUACUUCAGCUUAACCUCAAGAUGGUUUUCAAAUGUCUUAUGAUUAAAUCAGAGCAACCUAUCUGAAAAAGCAAUCUUCCUGAAUGGACUGCUUCUAUUGUAUAUUUUGUGUAACAAUAGUCACUGGUUUUGUGUUACAUAUUUAUAUUUUUAUUUUAUUUUUAUAAUAUAGACAUCACCUAGAUGAAACACCUUUACCCUGUCCUGUAAAUUACUAAGGUUACAUUCCACCAGCUUAAUUGGAAAGAAGGGGAUUAAGGCAGCAAACAGCCUCUAAUGUGCCUUGGAUCUAAUGUAGCAGUGUGUCCUUGUGCCAACAUGUAACCACCACACCGGUCAGAUGGAAAAGCAAGAGAACAGCCAGUCCUUCCAGAACUCCAGCCGCGCACACAUGUGCGGGGCUUCCACCACAAGGCUGUCAGGGUCCGGGAUUAGAACCCUAAGGUGUGCACCCUGACUCUACCCUCAUGGAGAAGAGCCUACACAUUCAUAGCCACUCCAGGCUGUGCAGGAGCUGCCUAAUGUGCAGAUUCUUAAAAUCUUCAUUCUUGGCAACACUGACUUCCGUGCACAUGUUCCUUCGGGACACGGUGGCAAUACCCCUUGACUGUGGCCUCAGUACAUUUCCCACAAAUGCUCUGUUCAGAUUUUCUUAGAAAAAUGAUGUACUCCGAGUGACAAGAGUCUGACAGACAUUGUUCUUAGUGGUUUUCCAUUUGCCAUCUCUCCACGUUUGCAUUCUAACAAAGUGUAAGGGUUUUGUACUACUGGCCAUGAUAAGCACACACCCUCUACCGUAGCAUCCAUUCCUCUGGAAUCAUGUGAGCACCCGGCACUGGCUAAUUUUUGCACACAUGCUCCUUAUCCUUAGGAAUAUGAGCUUUAAUUAUAAAACAACAGCAGCAAUCUGUUGUUUUAAAGUAAGAGAGUUGCAAUUACAUUGUGGAUUCUAAGGGAUUCUAAAGAAUCUACAACAUGGAACAAUUUGUUGGCUCCACGGCUCCUGUCUUCCGUAUAUGAUUACUUGGGUUUCCAGUGACCUCAUACCAAUGGAAAUGGGUUGAGAAACCUUGGUGCUUAGUGAACAAUAGCCUGCAUUAAAAAGUGCAUGCAUAAUUUUGCACAAUUUAGCUUCAAUUGACAGUCUAUUCAAAGAAGUCUUGGAACUAAAUGAGCAUGGAGACCAAAUUGCCCUCUUACCCCAGAAAAGGGGUGGUCCCUUCUAGUCUCACCAACACUCCAUUGGCCCAACACUGUGACAAAUCUUGCAAUGAACCAUGCAGUAGCCUGAAUCUGUAGGUUAAUAGCAAUCUUUUGUCUCCGUUGCUUUCUCUUCAUAGUCCUUUUACUGAAUUCCAUCACAGAAAGUUUUACAAUUAAAAAGAGGAAAAACUGCCCUGACAACCAUUUUUGUAAGUGGACCUUACUAUCAAAUCAUCUCUUAUUCAAUGUGGGUGACACUGACAGAAUGUGAAUGUCUCCUGAAGGAGCCAGCUGUCUAAAUCUGUCAAAUCGUACAGUUUUAUUACACAUACCCCCAUUCAUAGUUUAAGCAAAAACAAGGAUACCCCUGGAAAGCCAACAGAACCUUAAAGCCCGAGUGCUUCGUUUUACCGUUAAAGAGAAGAUGUUCCUCUGGUGGGCGCUCUACUCGAACAACGUAGACUAGGCUGGCCAAACCAGAGCUGCUUUACAUAACCCUUUCUCAAGUGACUUAGGGAUCAUUCUGUACUCCAGACGUCAUUGCCUUUUCUAUAAUAACCUAUUCAAAUGAAAUACCAAGUUCUCUUUAAAGAAGAUAGCAAGAUCCAUGGCUAUUUAAACCAAGCAAAGAAAGUCUCUAGACUCCUUUCUUUCUGUCCUUUGGAGAAAAGUAAAUAGCAAUGAUUGAUGGGUGAUUGUGUGUUUUAGACUAUGUGACCAAUUCCAAAAUUGUCUUUGGCCUAUUCCUUGAAGUUGAUUUUUAAAUGUAUGACUGGGGGUUAUCAUAAAUGACUUAUGAAAGAUGGAUUGGAAUUGGUUAAAAAGUAUGAGCUAAGAAAAAUCUACCCAUCUAACAAAGUACACAAUCUAAACUGGAAGAAUGUCAUUUAUGUGAGUGCUGAUGUGUAUGACAAAGAAGAAAUAAACAGUUACUAUUAUUCCCUGCCCAUCCUAGAGCUUAAGCUUUGGGUACCAGCUGACUGUGAAAUAACCUUCUUAUCAGUAUUGUUGCCAAACGUGCCCUGACUUAAAGCCCAUAAAGCAAUGAUAUGAAAGCUAAAUUAGCAUAUCAUUAAAGUCAGAAGGAGGGACAUUUAAGAAAAUUCAGUGAAGACAAAAAUGUUUCCAUCCAUACCUUUUUGUCUUAGAAUCUUACUUAAGGUAUUGGGAAAUAUUUCACAAGCUUUACUCAGAAGCUUCUACAAUUUAACAGAUCAAUUUCAUGAAAGAUGGGCAAAGACAUCUAUGCAUGCCCACAAAACCCAGCUAGAAAUCUAUUUUCUUGUCAUUUGCAUGCCUCUGAGUAGUCAUGGCUUCCCAAUUGACUAUCCUUGGAAUUGCUACCGGAAUACCAUACUGUUAUUUAGCAUUUUUGUUUCUGACAUUGUUUUACUAUCUGGCUGGGAGGUGGGCCCCUGCAGCGGAGGUCUUUCUAAACACAUGCUAAUCUAUUAGGAGUUUCUCCACUUUCUCUUGGCAUUCGAAAGAAGCCCAGUUUAAGUUGGUAAGGGAGGGGAAUAUACCAGUCACAUUAUGGGAAGUGCAUCCGUUUAGUUUCUGAGCAUCUUUCUAGAAUGUUACCUGAGAUUUCCCCACUGCCUCCUUCACCCUUCUUUGCCCCUCCACCUAUAUCUCUCUACCCAUCUCUCUUUGAAUCUCUUCUUCCUUCACUAUCCUGACCCAGGAUAGCCAAAACAACCCUGUUCAACAAGGUUUUCACUAAACAGAUACAUCACACGUGACCAUCAUGAGGUUGUCCUGGAACAGAUACCUAUACGUUUUGUUGGGGCUUGUUUUCCUUUGUUUUCUCUCCUGGAGUCAUGUUGACUUAAAUUCAGUAUCACUAAGAAGAGUAGAGAAAGAGUGUACCGGGCUGGUCUACAGCAGUCAUUGAAAGAAAUGACGAAAAUCACACACAUCUACCAGUGUAGGUGCUCCAUGUCAGUCUUCUAGAAAAGUCACAGGAAAGACAAAUAGAGUCACCCUAGUAGAAAGCGUGAGCUGACAGGAGGGACACGCCUAGCUAGUUCCUACCAAAAAUGACAACCAUCUCUACAGAGUCCUCUUUGAAGAAAACUAUUCCAAAUCCAUAUGGAAGGAAACUAGUGUCUUGGUGAUGAUGACCUCAGAAACUUAUCCUCCUUGCCAUGAGGUCUGCCAGUCAGAAAACUUAACCAAAUGUAUAUGCCUGGAAAACGAACACAUUUUUAUUCCCUGAGGAAAUUGGUGGCACUGUUUCUGGGAGUAUCGAUGGAUUCCCAUCAGAAAGUUCCUCUUUCUAUAUUUGAGACAUGCGUUUGCUCUCUGACUUUCUUUGUCACACCGACACAAGUUGGCCACACAUCCAAUUAGUAAUAUGACAUGAAAUAAGAUAGGAAACCCAAGUGUAGAUGCAUCUAGAUGUUGAAAACAUGUUCUUGGAGCCUGUCAGAUACAGUUCUCAGCUGAGUUUCUGUAUGUCUUCCAUGGUGCCUUCUCCUCUGAGUAACUUCUGGAAUGGGCUUGAGGUUGCCUUCUAGGAGAAGGCAAAGGACUCAUGGGAAAGCAAAGAGUAGUUAACUGCUUGAUUCCCAAAAUUCUAGCAGCCUUAGAGAGAUUCAUUCAUUUAUGAGAUUGAUAUUUUCUUAAGUUCUAUUAAAUAUGAAGCCAAAAUCCACCCAUCAUUUACUUUGUUUUCUCGUAUAACUUAUUGAAGGCAUGUAUCAGACAGUUGAAAAAUGCAAAUAAAUAAUAGAUUCCUUGCAUCAAUAAAAAACCUUAUACCUAAAACUUCUCAUUUGUUUUUGUAGGUCAACAACAACAACAACAAAAAAUGGUACCAAUUCAACAUUCAUCCUAAGGUAGUCUUUCAUGUACAUCACAAAGUAAGAUGUCAUUGUUUAUUCAGGGUUUUCUUUUUUGAAUCUAUAACUCUUUAUAGAUUCAAAAUACAUAUAUCCAUAUACUGGCAAGUGAACAUACCUAUAUAUUGUAUAUUAUCUCAGUUGGCUAUCAUCUUUUCAGUAAAAAGAAUAACAUUUUGUCAUCUAAUAUAUAUAUGUAUAUAUUUAAUUUUUCUCUAUAGUAUAUGUAUAUUAUAUCUCAAUAAUAUAUAUACACUAAUAUUGUGAUAGGAAAUUCACAGUGGCCAAAUUUAAUAUAAGCUUUUUCUUCACAGUUAGAAAUUCAGUCUUGAACAUUUCUCUCUGUACUGAAAACUUAACUAGUCAGUAGUUUCCAUUCACAUGAAUAAGGUAUGAUUAGACUUGGUAUGGUCUGUGCCAGAAUAAACAUUGGAUGCUACUUUGCUUUAUAAUCUUAAAAUCUGAGCAUGACUUUUCUGGAAUGAGCUAAGAAUCCAUGUUCAGAGGGUUCAUUUCAUAAUAUUAUUUUUGAGAAGCUAAACUGACAGCCUUAUGAGAUAUCAGAUAUCCUUCAUCUUAUUCUAGCCAGAGGAUGUGUAUGGACAUGUGUGUCACUAAGAGCCAUGAAGUAACAGGAUGGGCAAUACUGAAGUACUGUAGAAUUUUUGGGAACUUUAUUCCCCAGGACAUGCUACAACAGACUACUACUACUUAAAAUAAAUCUGUCUAAUUACAAAGAAAAAAUGGUUGAAUCAUGACCAUAAGCACGAAGGGAUUCUAAUAGGAAACUCUUGUGUCCUCUUGAAUUUGUCUGUGAUUGAUGUUGUUAAGUGUUAAGGGGUGGUUUUGUGUUCCAUCCUUCUCACAUAUCUUGGUGUUUUGAGUUGUCAAUGUCCAUUUCCUUACAGGCUAUUGACAAUUAAAGCAGUCUAUCCAGAAUCUUAUAGGACGUUUCAGAACCAAUCCAUCUUUGAGGCAGCUGACCGUAGGGACAACUGUCCCAAAUGCAAGUAGGGUCAGGGCUAGUGCAGGGAUGACUUACGAGUUCUAGAACAUUCUAAAAAUUAAUGUGCGCAUGACUCCCCCCCCCCCGAGUUUGAACUAAUCUGGUUUACUAAAUCAGUUUGUAAAAAUAUGCAGUUUUCCUUGAUGGAUCUUCUACUAUUCAGCUACCCAUUUAUUCAUCAAUGCAAUAUAAAUGCUGAAGUGCCUCGCAAAAUUUCACGCUGCAGAGAAGGUUGGGGCCUCUGCAAGGGCAGGGCUGUAUGUUCGCUGGCAUGAUUAACGUGUUUGAAGCAAAAGAGAAUUUCACAAUCAACUAGCUCCAGUUUGGUUCAGCCUUAGACUCCAGCAGUUACAAGUAGUACAGAUGGCCUCCAGUACAUCUGUGUGUAUCUGUACAUGUGCACACACCCAUGUAUAUAUAUAUUUAUCUGUCUGUACAAACACUACAUAUGUAUACACACUAUCUAUGUAAUAUAUAAUAUAUGUAUAAUGCAUAUAAAUUCUAACAAGUGUAUUUGUGAUAUCUUUAAAAUAGAACAACUGUAUCUUGAAGAAAUGAUAAAUGCAGAGAAUUGGCUUUAUUGUUGAUCUGUGGAUUUAAUGUUUUUAGGUGAAAGGAUGUUUUAAGUGUAUAAUUUCUUUUCUUAAUUUAAUAUAUUUAUGUAAAUGCAUGCCUGAAAUUUGACUAGAUUGGCUGUGUUUUGUGUCUUAACAUGAUCAAAUGUAUUAAACUUUAUCUUAUGACUUCA